UCGUGCUAAAUGAAUACCCUUACUAAAAGCAAGAUGUGCACACUGAGCUUGAAUCAUUGAUAGAUCCGAUCGCCUUACAUAAUUCUGGGUCAUGAAUUUUGCCGGCAAAGUUGUUCUUAUUACAGGGGCCAGCUCUGGGAUCGGGGCUGCCACCGCCGUGAAGUUCGCCAAGCUUGGAGCCUGCUUGGCUCUAAACGGACGCAAUGUGGAGAACCUGAAGAAGGUGGCCGAGGAAUGCGCCAAGGUGAGUGACUCGCAGCCAGCCUUGGUGGUGGGCGACAUCGGCAAGGAGGAGGACACAAAGAGAGUCUGGACCGAGACCCUGGCCAAGUACGGCAAGCUGAACGUGCUGGUGAACAAUGCUGGGAUCAUCGAGACCGGCACCAUAGAAACGACCAGCUUGGAGCAGUACGAUAGAGUGAUGAACACUAACCUGAGAGCCAUUUAUCACCUCACCAUGCUGGCCACCCCGGAGCUGAUCAAGACCAAGGGAAACAUCGUGAAUGUGUCGAGCGUCAACGGAAUCCGCUCCUUUCCCGGCGUCCUGGCCUACAACAUCUCUAAAAUGGGCGUCGAUCAGUUCACUCGCUGCGUGGCUCUGGAGCUAGCUGCCAAGGGAGUUCGCGUAAACUGCGUGAAUCCUGGCGUAACGGUGACAAAUCUCCAUGCCCGCGGCGGCAUGGACGCCGAGACGUACAAGAAGUUCCUGGAGCACUCAAAGACGACCCAUGCCCUCGGUCGUCCUGGCGAUGUCAAGGAGGUAGCGGCGGCAAUUGCGUUCCUGGCCAGCGACGAGGCUAGCUUCAGCACAGGUGUUAGUCUGCCCGUGGACGGAGGUCGCCAUGCAAUGUGCCCGCGCUGAUGAUUGUAAUCCCAGUACGAAUCAAGAAGACUCCUUCAGCUUGGAUUUUUCCAUGUGUAAAUGCAUUUAUAUCAAUGUUUUUGAUUGUUUUUCCUUUAAUACAUUUAUUGUUUAGCAAACAGA